CCAACAUCCCACUACCCAGCGAGUUGGCUGAAUGCGGGAUGAUGUCCUGCCGAUGUUCACCCGAGCCUUCACCUCCUCCGGCUUCUUAAAUUGUCAGCCUCGUGGAAUGUAAGCCCAAGAUUGCUUUAUCCAACACAAAGACGGUUGACAGUCCCGCCCAUUCUUUAUAUUCCUUUCAACUCAAGCGUGAAUGUAACAACUCAGCAAUAAUACUCGAUCAUGAGCUCCUCCUAAUACAACAACUUUUACAAUCAUUUUCAAACGCAAACAUGACUUCGGAGAACGGGUCCGCGAAUGGUUCAGCCCACCCUUCAGAUCUCGAGACCUCAAGUACUAGGGCACCUCCUCGUACCAGCAUCUUCAAUGAAGCCGCGAACCUCAUAAACCGCGGCGGACUAGGACCCUCAACCCACUCGCAACUCGAUACGAGCUCCCAAUCCUCGACGCCAUCUCAACCUCUUGAGCUCAACUCCGCCCUCGAUGUCUACGAGAAGCAGUUCCUGCCAGGACAACCAAAAUCUCUCUCUGGCAUUGCCAUUCGCUCUUUCAUUCUUGGGCUUGUGCUGUCGUCAACACUCUUCCUCUCCGCAUACCUCCUGCACACAGGCCGUCCGAUUUGGCGUGCUCCAUUCUUCAUCACCAUCCUAUCGCUCUUCCACUUCCUCGAGUUCUACACCACCGCUCAUGCCAACACACCGUCUGCACGGAUAUCCUCCUUCCUCUUCUCCAGUAAUGGCUCCGCAUAUACAAUCGCACAUACAACAUCCCUCCUCGAAACGCUGCUAUCGCACUUCUUCCUCCCGGCCUCAGUUCUGCCCAUCUAUUUACACUAUCCGAUCCUCAUACUCGGCCUCUCCAUGGUGAUAAUUGGACAAGUCGUACGAGCAGUAGCGAUGUUAACAGCCGGCACGAAUUUCAGCCACGUAGUGAAGCACACAAAGGCGCAAAGUCACCAGCUCGUCACUACAGGAAUCUACAGUGUGUUUCGCCACCCAAGCUAUUUCGGGUUCUUCUGGUGGGGAAUAGGCACACAGUUGAUAUGCGGGAAUGUGCUUUCUUUGUUGGGUUAUGCGGCUGUGUUGUGGAAGUUCUUCGCGAGUAGGAUUGAUGGCGAAGAGGAGCUUUUGGUGAAGUUCUUUGGGGAUGAAUAUAGGGAGUACAGGCAAAAGACGACGGUGGGGAUUCCAUUCAUCAAGUGAUACUUAGUACCUACUUGUACUUUCGUGAAAAUUUGUCUUUGGUUGGCUAUUAUGGCGUUGAGUGGUUGCAUCUGUUAAUUUUUCUGGCAUAGCGAAGGACGUAAUGUUUGGUAUUGGCUUGGAAGUUUGUGACUUGUCUUUGGGCUCUAAUGUACUUGUGUGAGGGCCAGGAAAAGCCUUGCUGUGUUAUAGAAAAUGCUAUCAGCAAUAAAGGGGUAUCAAAUCUAUAAUGCGAACGUCAGUUCUGGUUAUACCAACACCACAGGUUCCUCAUCCUCCUUUCUGAAGCGACAAUCAAAAACUACCUCAUACAACACGAUGAUUAAGUAUUUGAAGAUUACAA